UACAUGUUUCGCGGAGAACGUAUUUUCGCAAAGGACAAUCACACAAACAAGCACCAACUCCUCCGUAUGAUGCUCGAGAUGCCGCAUAUGAUUUUCGAAGUGAUACCGUCACUGUUCCUACAACAACAAUGUUCGAAGCUAUGAGAGAGGCAACUCUUGGGGAUGAUAUGUUUGAGGAAGACAGGACGACAAAUGAAUUCGAGGAAUUCAUUGCAGAUUUUGCGGGAUACGAAUCGGCCGUGUUCGUUGCUUCCGGGACCAUGGGUAAUCAACUCGCAUUACGCACUCAUCUGACUCAACCUCCAUAUUCCGUACUUCUCGACGCUCGUUCUCACAUUUACAACUACGAAAGUGGCGGAUUGGCACAUCAUUCCGGUGCACAUGUUACUCCGGUUCAUCCGUCUAAUACCAUCCACCUGACAUGUAAAGAUGUCAUGAACAACAUUAUCGUCUCCGACGAUAUACACUACGCACAAACACGCGUUGUUGCACUUGAGAAUACAUUGGAUGGAAUGUUAUUUCCGUUGUCCGAGAUUGCAAAUAUCUCCACUGUAGCAAGAGAAUAUAAUAUAAAAAUGCAUCUCGACGGAGCACGACUGUGGAAUGCGUGUGCAGAGACUGGAGAUAAUGUUAGAGACUACGCAAAGCACUUUGACUCGAUAAGUCUAUGUUUCUCGAAGGGUUUAGGUGCGCCUAUGGGAAGCGUGCUUGUGGGCAAUAAAGAUUUUAUAAAAAAGGCAAGACACUUUAAAAAGGUAUUUGGCGGUGGUUGGCGACAAUCCGGACCAAUAGCAGCAGCCGCCAAAUACGCAUUCGAAGCUAAUUAUCCAAUCCGGCUUCGAGAAACUCACAAACUAGCUCGUCAGUUAGCUUCCGAACUAUCUCAAUGCGGGGUCUUGAUAACCAAGCCAGUUCAUACAAAUAUGAUAUGGAUUGAUAUAUCUCCAUUGGGCAUUACGUCUAGUGUUCUUCAGAGCGAAUUGGCAAAAGAGAAGAUACGUAUAUUUGACUCAGAUGAAACUAAUUUGCGGUUAAUCGUUCAUUAUCAGAUAGCUCCGGACGCAUUAUCAAAAUUUGUGAAUAUCGUCAGAAAAUUGGCGAAAGUAUAA